AUGGCGGCGCGCAGUGUGGGCUGCGGCAUCCGGCGGCUCGGGAGCGUCCUGCGGGGGCGCGCGGGGCCCCGGGGGUGGCCGCCCGGCGGAGGGAGCGCACCGCGCAGGGCGGCCUCCGGGCGCCCGGGCAGCUGCGCCCCCUGCACCGGGGCGCUGGAGCUGCCCACCACGUACUCCGAGCUGAAAGCGCUGGCGGAGCGGCAGCCCGACGCCUUCUGGGGGCCGCUGGCGCGCGAAAUGCUGGUGUGGGACGUCCCCUUCCACACCGUCUGGGAAUGUGACCUGAACAGCGGCAAGAUCGGCUGGUUCCUGGGAGGCCAGCUGAACGUGUCUGUCAACUGCUUGGAUCAUCAUGUUCGGAAGGCCCCGGAGAAUGUGGCUUUGAUCUGGGAGCAAGACGAACCUGGAAGAGAAGUGAGGAUCACCUACAGGGAACUGUUGGAGACCACAUGCCGCAUAGCCAACACAUUGAAAAGGCAUGGGGUCCAUCGAGGGGACCGUGUGGCCAUCUACAUGCCCAUGUCCCCACAAGUUGUGGCUGCAAUGCUUGCCUGUGCCAGGAUUGGCGCUGUCCACAAUGUCGUCUUUGCUGGCUUCAGCGCAGAGUCCUUGGCUGGGAGGAUCAAUGAUGCAAAGUGCAAGGUGAUUAUCACCAUCAACCAAGGACUGAGGGGAGGACGCGUGUUGGAGCUGAAGAAGAUAGUGGAUGAAGCCGUGAAGCAAUGCCCAACGGUCCAGCAUGUCCUGGUGGCUCACAGGACGGACAACAAGGUCCCCAUGGGGAAGCUGGAUGUCCACCUUGAGGAGGCCAUGGCCCAGGAGGAACCUGUGUGUACCCCAGAGAGCAUGGGCAGCGAGGACAUGCUCUUCCUGCUGUACACCUCCGGGAGCACCGGGAAGCCCAAGGGGCUCGUGCACACCCAGGCGGGCUACCUGCUGUUUGCCGCCAUGACACACAAGCAUGUGUUUGACUACCGGCCGGGAGACAUCUUCGGCUGCGUGGCUGACAUUGGCUGGAUCACUGGGCACAGCUACGUGUUAUAUGGGCCCCUGUGCAAUGGAGCCACCAGUGUCCUUUUUGAGAGCACUCCAGUUUACCCUGAUCCUGGUCGGUAUUGGGAGGUGGUGGAGAGGUUGGGGAUCAGUCAGUUCUACUGUGCCCCGACGGCUGUCCGGCUGUUGAUAAAACACGGCGACUCCUGGGUGAAGAAGUACGACCGCUCGUCCCUGCGGACUCUGGGGUCAGUGGGAGAACCAAUCAACCACGAGGCCUGGGAAUGGCUCCACAAAGUGGUGGGGGACAGCAAAUGCACCCUGGUGGACACCUGGUGGCAGACAGAAACGGGCGGCAUCUGCAUCGCACCGCGGCCCUCGGAAGAAGGGGCAGAGAUCCUCCCCGCCAUGGCCAUGAGGCCCUUCUAUGGCAUUAUCCCGGCUCUCAUGGAUGAGAAGGGAAACCUUUUGAAGGGCAACAAUGUUUCCGGCGCUCUGUGCAUCGCACAGGCCUGGCCGGGCAUGGCCAGGACCAUCUACGGAAACCACCAGAGGUUCCUGGAGGCCUAUUUCAAGGUUUACCCAGGCUACUACUUCACGGGAGACGGAGCCUGCCGAACCGAGGGAGGCCAUUACCAGAUCACGGGGCGGAUGGACGACGUCAUCAACAUCAGCGGCCACCGGCUGGGCACGGCGGAGAUCGAGGAUGCCAUCGCGAGCCACCCCGAAGUGCCGGAGACCGCCGUCAUUGGCUACCCGCAUGACAUCAAAGGGGAAGCUGCAUUUGCCUUCAUUGUGUUGAAAGAUAAAGCAGAUUCAGAUGUUGUGAUGAAAGAGCUCAGGACCUCAGUGGCCACCAAGAUUGCCAAGUACGCUGUGCCCGAUGAAAUUCUGGUAGUGAAACGUCUUCCAAAAACUCGGUCUGGAAAAGUCAUGCGGAGGCUCCUGAGGAAGGUCAUCACGGACAAGACUCAGAACCUGGGGGACAUCACCACCCUGGAGGACCCCAACACCAUCACGGAAUUAAUAAAUGCCUACAAGGAGCACAAAGACAAGAAGGCCGCUGGCCGGUGA